AUGGGGCCCGGGUGCCGCUCUCCUAAGCCAGCUGGGCCCUGGCUCUGCUCCUCCGCCUUCGAGACGCUCCCCGGCCUGGGCCCCGGCCGCCCCACGCAGCCCCUCCUCUUCGAGCAGACGCGGCUCCACCUCGAGGACGAGCAGAGCCUCUCGCUGGGCUUUCCCGGGGGGUUCGUGGAUCGCCGUUACUGGUCCCUGGAGGACGGUCUGAAUCGGGUGCUGGGCUUGGGUUUGGGCUGCGUGCGCCUCACGGAAGCUGAUUAUCUGUGCUCGCACCUGACAGAGGGGCCGCACCGCGUGGUGGCCCAUUUCUACGCCCGACAGCUCACCCUGGAGGAGCUGCACACCAUUGAGAUCAGUGCAGUGCAUUCCCGAGACCACGGGCUGGAGGUGAUGGGCAUGGUGCGCGUGCCCCUCUACACCCAGAAGGACCGCAUGGGCGGGCUGCCGAACUUCCUGGGCAACUCCUUCGUGGGAACAGCCAAAUUCCAGCUGCUCUUUGCCCUGAAGAUCUUGAACAUGGUGCCGGAGGAGAAGCUGGCCGAGGCCGUGGCGGCCACGCAGAAGCCAAAAAAGCUCCCGGUCGACCACGCGGCGGCUCCGCUGGCCAUGGCCGGGGACGCCGGGGCGGAGCCGGUGGUGGCCGAGCCCAUGGAGUGA